UUUUUACAGCAGAAAGUUAUUUUCCCUCAACUGCUGUGAUCGCCAUUUCCGGUCUGUUGUACGCUUUAAAUGUAAUUUACACAUAAAAUACUAACUUUGUUAUAGAUUAUAAGUGUCUUGUUAAUCAUUUUGGAGCAGUCAUGAGUGGGCCGGAGAUUCUUGUCGAACUCCACGAUGAACAUUUUGACAUCUCUGAUAAAGAGAUUAGAGAUUAUGCAAAGGACGUAGACAUUCAUCCAGAUGCCCAAUUGCCUCAAGGAUGGUUGGAGCGUGAAGAUGAGAGCGGGAAACUUUACUAUCACAACUACCAGUUGAACAUGUCCACUUGGGAACAUCCGUGCAAAGUGAAGUACAGGCACGAGCGUUUCCAGCGCUCUGCUGUUGACGUGGCCUCAGCAGUGAAGAAGAAGAAGAAAGUCAAGGAAAAAGAGGAACAACAAGAAGGAGUGGAGGACGUGUUGAAAAUCCAGGGAGAUUCAAAAAGCAGCGAUCCAGAUCCAGAUGAUGACUACCAAGACAUACCAAAAGCCAGUUCUGGAGACCAUGGUUUUGAAUCCCCCAGACAACAGCUGUCAGGAGAAUUGGACGUUCGAGGGACGGUAGUUGAAGCGGAGCGUGGUUUGGUGAAAAAUAAGAAGAUUAAAGCACCUCAGAGUUGUUUUCCGUUCACAGGAGCUAUCCAUAGUUUACAGAUCCUUGAGGAGCACCGUGAUGAAGACUUUAAACUAUCAGAAGAAGGCAUCAAUGAAUAUGCGCGAGACAUGGGUAUCGAUCCAGAGACCGAGCCGGAUCUUAUGUGGCUUGCCAAGGAGGCCAUGUAUGCCCGACUGCCCAAAGAUUGGAUUGCUUUCCUGGAUGAGAGUAAGGAUGUUUUCUAUUACAACAACGGUUUAGGGCUAUCCACUUGGGAGCAUCCUUGCGAUACCAAGUACCGUCAGAUGGUGUCUGAGGAGCGUGAGCGCAUCCAGCAGAAUGCUCUCUUGGCCUCGCAAGGCAAACAGAAUAUAGGAGAAGUGGGGGCAGUUAAAACCGAUGACUGCAGUGGUGCUGACGCAGGAGAAGAGAUGAUGGAGACAGAAAUGCACAACCCAGCCCAUUUUGAGUGCAGCGACAGUAGUGAAACAUUUCAACAACAGCAAUUUACAGAGUUUGUAGUCUCUGACCACUUCAUUUACCAUGACAACGGGCAAGAGAUGGACAUAGAAGAAAACGGGGAACAACAGACUGCAGAGAGAGAAGAUGAGAGUGGGAAUAUUUACCGUCACAACUUCCAGACGGGCACAUCCAUUUGGGAACAUCCCAGCAAGGCCUGCUACUGUGAGCUGGUGGUUCAAGAGCGUGAGCGUUUCCAGUGCACAGCUGUUAAGGGCGCCUCUGUCGUCAAGGCGAACAAGAAGAAAAUAAAAGCCAAACGGGAGGCAAAGAAAAGGACCAAGGACUUACUCAAAUCACAGGAAAAUCAGCAGCUAUGUGGUUCUCAGGUGGAUCCUACAGAAGAAAUUACGAAGGCCAAUUCUGAAGUCAAUGCAACUGAAUACCCUCAACCAAAGGUGUCAGGAGGGCUGCUGGAUGCUGGUGAAUUUAUGGCGACAGAAAUGAAAGUGAGGAUAGAAGAGGGGAGAUCAGAAAAAGCUGGAAAUGGAAUGAGGCUCUGCUCAGACAAAGAUGGCACCCAUCUGUCCGAAAGUCCUCUCCAUGUGGAGCAAGGAGAUCAAGCAGAUCUUGACCCGCAAACAACUGAAACAUCUGGAUGCCAACGUGAUCUUACUUCCAAAUCCCAAAUCAAACAACAAGAAGCACCUGUAGAAGAUUUUAACAACGUAUGGGAACCUGACCAAAACUGUGAAACCGGGCCAGAAGAGGAGAGGGACAGAAACAGUCAGUCCAGUCCUGAAAAGGGGGAGAGCAUUUUGAGAGAGAGAACUGCAGAGCUUGAGAAAGGGAGCGAGGAGUAUGAGUGGGCCUGGAAGGAGGACGGAGCACAGUUAAUGAGAGGGAAGGAGAUGAAGAUGAAUCUCGGCGACAGUGAGGUGCAGAGAGACAAAAGGGAGCCACUUGGGCAGGAUAACCGGAUGGAAGUGGUAAAUUGCAACCACCAGGGGGACAUGAGGAGAGAGGAGAAGGAAAGACCACUCCACGAGCAAAAACCGAUAGAAGUUGAAGUUGAGGAAGAAAAUGUCAGGUUGAAUAAGGAAGCAGGAGCACAACGCUGUCCAGAGCUGAAGAGGGACGAGGUGGAGGAGUUGACAAUGGAGGAGACCAGACAGAGACACUACCUGGAAGAACUAAGGAGAGAAGAGGAGGCAGAGGCAGAGCACUUCAUGAGAGAAAAGGAACGAAUACACUUCUAUCAGAUGGAGCUGAGGAGGGAGGAAGAGGAGGAUGUUGAGAGGUUGAAAAGAGAAAAAGAGGUGAGAACCUGCCUCAGACUAAAGGAGCUGAGGAAGGAGGAGGAGGUGGAGUUGAAGCUUUUAAAGAAGGAGAUGAAAAUGAGAAUCCGUCUCAGUAUGGAGGAGUUGAGUUCAGAGGAGGAAAAAUGGGUGGAACAAUUAAAAAAGGAAAAGGAGAAGCGAAGACAAUUGCGCCAAAAGGAAAUGAUGAGAGAAGAACAGGAGGAGGCAGAGCAAUUGAAGAAGGAGAAGCAGCUGAGGACACAGGCCUACCAGGAGGAACUAAGCAAGGAGGAGGAGGAGAAGAUUGAGCAGCUGAAGAGGGACAAGGAGGUAAGAAUGUGCCUCCUCUUGGAAAAGCUACAAGGAGAGGAAGAAAAGGAAGUAGAAGAGUUGAUGAGAGAGAAAGAGAGAGAAAGGCAUUUGACCUUGGAGGAGAGGAAGAGGGAGGAGGAGGAGGAGGCGGAGAGAUUCAACCAAGACAGGGAGGCCAGAAUUCUAUUUCACCAGAAGGAGUUGACAGAAGAAUUAAAGGAGGAGAUAAAGCAGUUGAAGAUUGACAAAGAAAAUGAAAUAAAUCUCAGACGGGAGGCGCUAAGGAGAGAGGAAGAGGAGGAGUUGGAGCAGCUGAAGGCGGAGAAGGAGGAAAGAAGGCGUCAACGCUGGGAACAGUCGAAGAGAGAGGAAGAGGAGGUGUUGAAGCGGGAAGAGACAAGUGCAAAAACGGAGACGGCAAAUCGAAUGCAGCUCUACAAGCAGCAGCUGAGGAGAGAGGAGGAGGAGGAGUCAGGGAGGUUGAAAGUGGAGAAGGAGAAGAGAACCCGUGUCUACCGGGAGGAGCUGAGAAGACUGGAGGAAGAAGAGUUGCAGCAGCUGAAAGCAGCGAAAGAGGCAAGAAUGAGUCAGUACAGGGAACAGCUGAGGAGAGAGGAAGAGGAGGUGUUAGAGCGAGAGGAGACCGGCUCCAAAACGGAGACGGAGAAGAGAAUUCAGCUCUACAAGCAACGGCUGAGUAAAGAGGAAGAGGAGGAGGUGAGGAGGUUGAAACUGGAGAAAGAGAUGAAAAUGCACGUCUACCAGGAGGAGCUGAGAAGACUGGAGGAGGAAGAGUUGGAGAAGUUUAAAGCAGAGAAAGAGGCGAGAAGGUGUCAGCGCAGGGAACAGCUGAGGAGAGAGGAGGAGGAGAGCAAACUAGACCUCCACCAAGACCAGUUUAGUAAAGAGGAGCAGGAGCAAGCAGAGCGGUUAGAAGCGGACAAAGAGAUGAGAAAGCAUUUCCGCCAGCAGGAGCUGAGCAAAGAGGAGGAGGAGGAGAUGGCCAGGUUGAAAGAGGAAAAGGAGACGAGAGUACGCCAGUUCAGGGAGGACCUGAUCCUAAAGGAAGACCAAGACAUGAAGCAGUGGAAGGCGGAGAAGGAAGCCAGAAUUCGCUGUUUCCAAGAAGAGCUGAGGAGAGAUGAGGAGGAGGAGAUGGACCGGCUGAAACAGGAGAAGGAAACUCGAAUCCAUUCCUACCACGAGGAGCUCGUUCGAGAGGAGGACAAAGACGUGAAGCAGUGGAAGAGUGAGAAGGAAGAAAGGAUUCGCUGUCACCAAGAAGAGCUGAGGAAAGAGGAAGAAAGGGAGAUGGAGGAGUUCAAAAGGGAGGAGGUAGCCAUCAGUGCUAAAAUGUCCCUCUGCAAGGAGAAGCUGAUGAAGGAGCAGGAGGUGGAGGCAGAGCAGUUGAGAAGAAAGAUGGAACUAAGAAUGUCCCAGCGUCGGGACGAUGCGAACAGAGAGGAAGACGAGCAGGCUCAGCGCUUGAAGGUUGAGAUGGAGACGAGAAUGCAACUCCGCCAGGAGGAGCUGAGCCGGGAGGAGAAAGUGAAGGCUGAGGAGUUGGAGACGGAGAAGACCACGAGAAUGCAUCUCCACCAAGAAAAGCUUAGACGAGAGGAAAUGGAAGAGGUGGAGCAGUUGAACGCUGAAAAGAAAUUGAAGAUGGAACUCCUCAGGGCACAGCUAACGCGAGAGGAGCAGGAGGAGGCUGAGCAGUUGAAGACAGAGAAGAAGACAAAAAUGAGGUGCCUUUGUGAGGAAUUGAAUAAAGCAGAAGAAAAAAAGAUGGAGGAGCUGAAGAGGGAGGCGACUAAGUUAAAGUUGGACAUGGAUUCCAAAAUGCGCCUCUGCAGGGAGGGGCUGAAGAAGGAGGAGGAGAAGGCAGCAAAGGAGAUGAAGGCAGAAAAGGAGAUGAGACUUCGUCAAUGGCAGGAGAAGUUGAAGCGAGAGGAGGCUGCGGAGGUGAAGCAAAUGAAGACAGAUAUGCAGACCAGGAUACGUCUCUGCGAGGAGGAGCUGAGGAGGGAAGAAGAGGAGGAGGUGAAGCAGUUGAAGGCAAAGAAGGAAACAAAAAUGAAUCUCCUACGGGAGGAGCUGAAAAGAGAGGCAGAGGAGGAGAUGGAGCAGUUGAAAAAGUCUGUGGAGUUGCGCAUACACCUCUGCCAGGAGGAGCUGAAGAGAGAGGAGGAAGCAGUGGAGAAGCUGAAAAGGGAGGAGAGGAAGAAGAAGAAAGAGAUUGAGUUGAGGCUGCGUCUUCAGCAGGAGGAGCUCACGAGAGAGGAAGAUGAGCUGGAGCGUUUUAAGACCACAAAGGAGACAAGGAUGAGCCUCCUGGUGGAAAAGCUACGCACAGAGGAAGAUGAGGAGGAACAGCGUUUAAAGGGGGAACUGGAGAAGAGGAUGCGCCUCCACCAGCAGGAGCUCAUGAGAGGGGAAGAAGAUGAGUUGGAGCGUUUAAAAACGGAAACGGAGAGAAGAAUGAGUAUCUGCCUGGAAGAGCUGCGUCGAGAGGAAGCCGAGGAGGUGCAGCAUCUCAAAAGGGAGCUGGAGAAAAGAAUGUGCCUCCACCAGCAGGAACUUAGAAAAGAGGAAGAAGCUGAGGUGGAGCGUUUGAAGGAGGAGAAGGAGGUAAGAAUGUGUCUCCAUCAGGGGGAGCUGAGGAGGGAGGAAGAAGAGGCAGCAGAGCAGCUAAACACCGAAAAGGAGAGGAGAAUUCUUCUCCGCCAGCAGGAGCUGAGAAGAGAGGAGGAGGAGGAGAUGGUAGAACAAGAGUUCCAAAUGAAGACAGGCAGGGAGAGAAGAAUACUGCACCGGGAGGAGCUGAGAAGAGAAGAGGAGGAUGAGAUUGAGUGCUUGAAGAGGGAGAAGGAGAGAAGAGUAAAUCUUCUAAAGGAGAAGCUGAGGAGGGAGGAGGAGGAGGAAAUGGAGCAGUUCAAGCGGGAGAAAAUGAAGAAGAUGCGUGUCCGACAGGAAAAGCCGAGGAAAGAGAAAGAAGAAAAAGUGGAGAAAGAGACGAAGCUGCGUCUCCGCCAGGAGAGGGAGAGGGAGAAGGACAAGAAGAGAAGACAUGUCCGCCAAGAGGAGGUUAUCAAAGAGGAGGAGGCUAAUUCCCUAUCAGGGGAGAAGGAGCCACAGCCGUGUCUCCACAGGGAGGAUCUGACCAAAGAGGAGCCACAGCCAUUAAAAAAGGAAAAGGAGAAGCUAAUGCCUUUUAGCAAGGAGGAGCUGAGAAGAGAAGAUGGGGAGCAGGAGAGAAAAACACAUCUACGUCAGGAGAAGGAGAGAAAUCGGAAAGAGGAAAACACGGAGCGUCCAAAGAGGGAAAAAGAAGCCAAAAGCCGUGUUCAGGAAAAGCAACGGAGAGAGGAGGUGAUGGAUCCGUGGAAGAAGAAGAGAACAUCUUCCCAUCCGGAGAAACUGAUUUCAGAGAAAGAGGAGACGCAGCCAUCAAACUUGGAAAAGGAGAAAAAAGCGUGUGUACUUCAGGACGAGCAGAAGAGGGAGCGAGAGGUUUUGAAGCCAGAGAAAGAGGAGCACGUUCGUCUCCAUCAGGACAAAACGAGUACAGACGAAGAGGAGCAAGCUGACAGUUUGAAGAUAGACAAGGAGGUGGAGGAAUUGAGGCGAGAAGAGGUGGAGACUGAUCGAUUUAAGAAGGAGAAAGCACGACGAACACGUCAACGGCAGGAGGAGCUGAGGAGAGAAGAGGAGGAUGAGAUGCAGCAAUUAAAAAGGGAGAAGGAGACAAGGACGCGCCUCCUACAAGAGGAGCUUCGCAGGGAUGAAGUGGAGAAAGAACAGCUUUUGAAAAGGGAGAAGGAGAAGCGAAUACGACUCCGACAGGAGCAGUUGAAGCGAGAGGAAGAGGAGGAGGUGGAGUGCUUGAAGAGGGAAAAGGAAAAGCGAAUGCGUCUUCGCCAGGAGGACCUGAGGAGAGAAGAGGAGGAGGACAGGUUGAACAGAGAGAAGGACAAGAGAACACGACUCCACCAGAUGGAGCUAUGUCGAGAAGAAGAGGAGGAGCGGCUGAAGCGGGAGAAGGAGAAGAGAACCCGUCUUCGCUAUGAGGAGCUGAGCAAGGAGGAAGAGAAGGAGGCGGAGAGGUUGAGGAGGGAAAAGGAGAAGAGGAUGAUUCGACACCGAGAGGAUCUGAAGAAUGAGGAAGAGGCGGAAGCUGAGAAGUUAAAAAAGGAAAAAGUGAAAAGAAUGCAUCUGUUUCAGGAGGAGCUGAGGAGAGAGGAGGAGGAGGAGCGGUUGAGAAAGCAGAAGGAGAAGCGAUUACGCCUCUGUCUGGAAGAACACAAGAGAGAGGAGGAGGAGGAGAUGGCGCGGCUAAAGUGGGAGAAGGAGAAGCGAAUGCGCCUCUGUCAGGAGAAGCUGAGAAGAGAGGAAGAGGAGGAGGUGGAGCAGUUGAAGAGGCGGAAGGAGAGGCGACUGCAUCUCCGCCAGGAGGAGCUCAGGAGGGAGGAAGAAGAGGAGGUGGAACAACUGAAGAAGAAGAAAAUGUGCAUCUUCCAGCUGGAAGUGAAGGGCGACCCAGAGGGGGAAAUGGACGGGAACGACAAAGAAAAGAGGGUGCGUCUCCGAGAAAUAGACACCAGGGGAGAAGAGGAGGUGAAGAAACUCAAGCUGGAGUACAAGGAAAGGCUGAGGGCUCUGCGCCUGUGUCUCCUGGCAAGGAGGAGAGAAGAGGAGGCUCUGUUAUCUGGCCAGAAGGAGGAAUUAACACCAUCAGUCCAGGAAAGAGAAGAAGCCCAACUCAGAUUCCAAACCGCGGACAUAUCCGGCGAUAAGAGGAUGUCUGGCCACCCGAGGAGGCAGUACUUUGACCAUCUCAAGGCCGACUCAGAAGAGGACCUGCAAGAGGAGAAGACCAAGCACCAAGACGUCAGGGAAAACCUGUUUUUCUUCAAGCCUGAGCUUGGAGAUAUGAAGAUUUCGGAUCUGACGGAUUCUUUAUUUUGCUGAGCUUGUGACGUGAUGGAGAAGAUGGCUGUCCCAUAUUCAUGACCAAAGUUCCAGCAUCAGAGCCUCUGUGCUUCGUACCAAAAAGCUCAGAAGCGUCCAACAUAGUCCUGUCCUUGGGGAGAAGGAGACCACCAUUCAAUGAUUCAAAAUGACCAGAAAUACACGAUAACAGUCCUCGCUCCGGGGCACCAUGCAAGAUUUCACCCCUUAUAGUAAGCACGAGUCUUAGCGGUUAAUGAUCUCAAGAGAGUUGGGAGCGCAGAAAACCAUUAGUAACGCACUUAGCCAAUACACGAUAACAGUCUCACUACGGGGCACCAUGCAAGAUUUCACCUCUUAUGAGUAAGCACGAGUCUUAGCGGUUAAUGAUCUCAAGAGAGUUGGGAGCGCAGAAAACCAUUAGUAACACACUUAGCCAAUACACGAUAACAGUCCUCGCUCCGGGGCACCAUACAAGAUUUCACGUCUUAUGAGUAAGCACGAGUCUUAGCGGUUAAUGAUCUCAAGAGAGUUGGGAGCACAGAAAACCAUUAGUAACACACUUAUCCAAUACACGAUAACAGUCCUCGCUCCGGAGCACCAUACAAGAUUUCACCUCUUAUGAGUAAGCACAAACGAGUCUUAGCAGUUAAUGAUCUCAAGAGAGUUGGGAGCACAGAAAACCAUUAGUAACACACUUAGCCAAUACACGAUAACAGUCUCACUACGGGGCACCAUACAAGAUUUCACCUCUUACGAGUAAGCACGAGUCUUAGCGGGUAAUGAUGUCAAGAGAGCUGGGAGCAAAGAUAUGUGCUUGAUAUAUUUUGUUCCUUUGGAUCCAGAAGAUAUUCAUUAAGCUUAAUAUUGUUUUUUCUGGGUAUUCUUAUGACUGAAAACCAGGAAAUUGGCCCAGCAAUGAGAUACAAAAAUUAUAUAUGUCUUAUCAUUUCAAUAAAUGUCAUGUAUGCCUCCUA